CAAUGCUGUGUAUUUCUGCACCACAACACCCUGGUACGAGGAGGUUGCAGGCAAACACAAUCCACUCAUCUGCAUUUUUUUUUUUUUUUUUUACACACACAACUUCUAGUUAGUAUCACACUUAAGAAACAGUCCUUAUACUGUUCUAGUCAGGAGUAUGCACAAGUUUUUCUGGAGUACCUUGUAAGAUUUGUGAAACUACAUUUGUACUUCUGAAGACAAACGAUUCUUCAAGAACACCGAGCUGCGAUGGAAAUAUACAUAAACCAUUUAAAACUUUAAAGGAAAAAAAUGAGGCAUGCUAAAUUUUUCUGAAGCAUUCGUCAGCAGGAUAAUUAUAAGCUGUUGUUGCAAUAAGAAAAAUUUGACUUUUCUGAUUAGUGUAUUUUAAACCCUUGAAAAAGUUAUCUUUACAUAUUUGCUUUAAAGAAAUGUCUGUCAUCUGCAAUGGAAAUCAAGAUUUACAGUUAUCUUCAGACACUUACUUUUCUAGCUUUCUUGAAGGAAUAUGCAGCCUUCGUGCUCAAAAUGCAUUGUGUGAUGUCACACUGGAGGCAGAUGGGAUCAGGUUUUCUUUACACAAAGCUAUUUUGGCUUCUGCAAGCAGCUACUGCAGAGUACUCUUUCUAGAGAAUAUAGCAAGCAAAGUAAAUUCUGAAACCAGUCAUGUCAAAAUUCAGAAUGUCAGCUCUACAGGUCUUCAACAUGUGCUUGACUUUAUUUACACAAACCAGCUCCAUUUGUCUCUGACUAAUGUCGAAGAGGUCCUACAAGCUGCGGAGAUUUUGCUUGUGCGAGAUGCCAUCAAGCUAUGCUUCCAGUUCCUGGAACAGAGUCUCUGUAAGGAAACCUGCUGGGAUGUUUUUAGUUUAGCCAAGAAGUUCAGACUGGAAGAGUUAAAGCAGAAAGCCAUUGUCUAUAUCAGCCAGCAUUACAAACGUCUGCUGGAGGACCACCAGCAACUGGUCGAACUAGACACAACUACCUUUUGCCAGAUCUUAGACAGGAAUGACAUUGAGGAGUACAGUGAAUUGGAGCUGUUCAAAUGUGCCAUGCUGUGGCUACACCAUGAUGACAAAAGGCUGAAAGCAGCAGCCAAUGUUUUAGGAAGACUACGAUUCCCUCUCAUUCCUCUGGCAGAUCUUCAGAGAUACAUUCAAGGAACAACUAUCAUGAAAACUGAUUCCAUGUGCUACAAAUAUCUACAAGAAGCCUUAAUGUAUCAUUCACAGCUGUAUGCACAACCACUUGCCAAAUCACCACGCACAAAGAUCCGCUGCAGCUCUAAGAAACUGGCCAUUUUUGGAGGCAGGACAACAGAUAAAGUAUGUGAUCAUAUCUGGCUUACUGAUGGGAAUUGUACUACUUGGCAAAAGUUUGGUGAACUCGAUAUACCUGUGUACAACCACUGCAUUACUGUUCUAAAUAAUUUUAUCUUUGUUAUUGGAGGCCAGACGAAGUUUGAUGCUACUGGCAAACAACCACUAAAUGAGGUGUUUCGGUUUGAUCCAAGGACAUGUUCAUGGCUGCAAGUUGCUGGUAUGCUAGAGAAGCGCACUCGAUUUCAUGCUGAUGUGGUAUCAGAACAGAUUAUUGCCGUAGCAGGAGGAACACUACUGGGGAACCUUACCAACACAGUAGAAGAAUACAAACCAGCUGAAAACAAAUGGGAAUUCACCACCCCUUUUCCUGUAGCAGUGGCAGACCAUGCUGGAGCAACUCAUAAGGGAAUUCUCUAUAUUUCAGGUGGAUUUUCAGCAGGAAAAGUCCUUAACAGUCUGUACAGUUUCCUGCCCCGCCUCAGACGCUGGGUCCUUAGCCAUACAAUGACUUAUGCACGUUGUGAUCAUGGGAUGGCGACUACUGGAGACAAAAUGUUUUGCAUAGGAGGAAGAGUUUUAAGUUCAGCAAAUGAAUGGAUUCAUGUUAACCAAAUGGAGUGUUACUGUCCUGUGACUGAUCAAUGGACCAGUCUGACAUCUCCUCCUGUUAGUUGUUGCCAGUUUAGUAUCGCGUCACACCAGUUAAAACUCUACCUUACAGGUGGUGGAUCUUUGCAUCAAAAGAAUAAAACUGAUGGAGUAUUUAUAUAUGACCCUGAAACCAGAAAGUGGGAAAAGGCUGCUUCCCUGCCUAAUCGGCUGGUAGAUCAUGCUUCAUGCAUAAUUAGCCUACCAAGAAGAGUUCUACAGAAACUACAGAUGGUAUCUGACUCCAACCUGCCAAACAGUGUCAAGGAAAAUCCUGAUUUUCUUGUUGCAGACUCUGAAGAAAUCAUAAUAUAAGAUGCAUUUCCACUUCUUGGAAAGUCUUCUUGCAUAUCUGUAAUUUUUAGGUUCAACAGCAAAACGUCUUGACUACUUUAAAUUCUAAUUAUCAAUAAUAACUAAAGAAUCCUUUAUUAUGUAACAAAUAAAUUAUGCAUUGCUUACCUGAAUUUAAAAAUCAAGAUAUUGUGUUAAAUAUGUGCAUUUUACUGCAGAAUAAAAAUACCUGACACGUAAGUAAUUUUCUUUAAAAUAAUUAAAGAAAUUAAGUCUUACUAUUACUCUAGCUAAUUAGAAUGUAGCACUGUGUUAGAAAACAAACUCUGUACCGUGAAAUGCUGGCAGCCACCAAGCAAGACCAACUUUAGAAUAAACAUAUCUGAGUUUAUUAGUAGACUACUAUGCUUAUAAUGUACAUGCAUUUCCUACUGAAAAAGGUUUCACGUGGAAAACAAUAUCUGGCUCUCAUUUCUUUUGCUCCAGUAAAUCUGGAAACUGUCCGACUGGACAAAAGCUAAUUUUAUGGAAUUUCAUCAAACCCAGUAUAACCAUUAUUGGAAUUGGUUAGACAUACCAGAAUUUAAACAAACAGAUUGACAGGCUCUGUUACAUAAUGGGUUUGCCACUCGUGAACCUGAUAUAUUGUUUUGUCCAUAAUGGGAGACUUAUUCUGCAAACUCAUACAGACUGGAAAGUUCACACUUUAUUACAUCUACAUUUUAUGUUGUUUACCAAAAUAAUCAAGUGCUGAUAUCAAACAACUAUACUAAAGAAUAUCUAGAAUCUAGUUCUUGCAAGCAUCAUACUUCCACUGUUUACUUAUUUUAUCUUAUUCCCUCACAUUUUAUUUUAUCUUAUUCCCUCACAUUUCUAAAAAAAAUGUUCUUUGAAUUAAGAACUGUCAAGGCACUCAAAAUAACACAACUCUUAGAUUAUGUGAAUUCUAACUAUAAAUUAAAUCAGGAUUUACCAGACACCUUUUCUAACUUAACACUGAUGCUUGGUUAGCCUGCGACAGUUUUUUUUUUUUUGUAAC